GCUCAGAUUAGGGUAACCGAAACCUCCAAACCCUACACGCUCUUUUUCUCUCUCUAAAUCGCCGUUUCUCUCUCUAGAUCCAGAAUCGCCGCUCCUCCUCCGGCGGCGCGUGAGAAUCUCCAUCGGCGCGUCAAACUGUGUGUUCUCACAUCUUAUGUUCUGUGCGACCCGCAUUGGUGAUUUCGCGCCAGAGGUUCGUCGGAGUCCCGCCGUGAUUUGGCGCUCACAUGGCGUCGGCGGUCUUAGCCAACCGUAACGAACCGAACUGGCCGCAGCAGCACAGAGGCGGUGCAACAGCAACAGGAUUCAUGGCGAAAACACCCUACCCUAAUUCAAACCCUAACCCUAACCCUAACCCUAAAUUUCUCAACAACAAGAGGACUCAAUCACCUUCCGAUGACGCUUCCUCCAUCAAUCGCCGAUCAAACGAUGCCGUCUCCAACGGCUAUUCCAACUACGCCACCUUCAACAUCGCCUCGUACAGCAAGAAGGAGCUCAGCGAGCUCAAGGCGCGUCUUCAAUCGGAGCUCGAAAUCGUUCGCCAGGUCAAGCUCCGAUUCGAGGCCGUCGAGUUUCAGCCCCGGCCGAUGAACCACAACCACAAGAAGCCCGUGAGCAAGAAGGUUGCCGGCACCAAGCGGCCGUUUCCGGCGAAGGAUUUGAAGCGGUCGCAGUCGGAGGUUGGGAACAUGAUGAAGGGUUGUGGCCAGGUUCUGCAGAAGCUGAUGAAGCAUAAAUUCGGGUGGAUCUUCAACGUUCCUGUUGAUGUUGUGAGUUUGGGGCUUCAUGAUUACUAUGAUAUAGUGAAGAAACCCAUGGAUCUGGGUACUGUGAAAUCGAAUCUGGCCAAGAAUGUGUAUGCUACACCGUCAGAUUUUGCGUCCGAUGUGCGGUUGACUUUCAACAAUGCAUUGGCCUACAACCCUAAGGGUCACGAUGUUUACGCCAUUGCAGAGCAGCUUCUGGUGAGGUUUGAGGAGCUGUAUAGGCCGUUGCAUGAGAAAUUCGAAGAGCCUGUUUUCGAUGAGGAAUUACAGGCUAGCUCUUGGAACCAUGUUGAGCCAGAGAGGGUCAUCAAGAAGAAGGAAAACCCAACCCCUCUUCCUCCGUCUGCGAAAUCGCCAGAGCCAUUACCUGUCCCUGAAAGGACCUCAAACCCUCCAUUGCUGCAGUCGCCUGUGCGCUCAUCAUCGCCAAUGCAACCUUUGCCGCAGCCUACGAGGAUGAGGCCCGCUUCGAAGCAUCCGAAACCGAAGGCGAGGGACCCUAACAAGAGGGAAAUGAACAUGGAGGAAAAGCAAAGGUUGGGAAUGAUGUUGCAGAGUUUGCCAUCCGAGAAAUUGGAGCAGGUAGUGCAGAUCAUAAGGAGGAGAAAUGGGAAUUUGAAGCAGGAUGGGGAUGAAAUCGAGCUUGAUAUUGAAGCUGUUGAUACAGAGACCCUUUGGGAGCUUGAUCGUUUUGUGACCAAUUGGAGAAAGAUGGUGAGCAAGAUUAAGCGGCAGGAACUACUAAUGGUCAAUAAUAAUAAUGACAAUGACAUUGACAAUGAUAAUAAUGUGGCACCAAACAAUGGCAAUGGGGAAUCACCAGCUAGGGAGAAUGUUGAUGAUGAUGCAGCUGAACCACCAAUUGAAGGGAAGAAGCAAAAGAAGAUAGAAGCAGCUGGGGAUGAAGAUGUUGACAUUGGAGACGAGAUGCCAAUGAACAAUGAAGAUGUUGACAUUGGGGAUGAGAUGCCAAUGAACAACUUCCCACCUGUGGAGAUUGAGAAAGAUAAAGAUGUCGCCGGAGGCCAUGCGAGUAGUUCUAGUAGCUCUGGCAGUUCUGGCAGUGAUUCCUCAUCAUCAAGUGAUUCGGACUCUGGUAGCUCAUCAGGGAGUGAUUCUGAAGCGGAGAAUGGGAAUUUGUAGCAGUGCAGGGCAGGGCUUUUGGAGCUAGUGGUCAACAAGAAGACCAGUGCUGGAUAGCGGAUGAAGAAACGUUUGCUUCGUUGUGAUUAUGCUUUGACUGCGUGAGCUAAGGGUUGUGGACAUUGUUGGUGGGUUGUUUCUGAGUGGAAGUAGUGGCUAGUUGCGUGAUGUCACUACUAUGAGCACUUGUUCCCAGGGGUUUGAACUUUGAAUCGUCACUUGCCUGUAAAAGUGAUUCCGUAAGCAAGAAGGGUUUGGAAGAUAAUGGACAAAAUUUCUAUGUCGGAAUGCUGUGACAUGCUAGUCUGAUAGAUGCGUCAGAGAGAGGGAGGGUAGAGGGAUAGAGAAUCAGUAGAACUAGUUAGUGCUUUCUUACGUUUCUAACUUGUACAUAGUAGAUAAAUCAUCCUUCGUGAGAAGGCAAUUUUGUGGAUCAGCAAGUAAACUUGAUGGGAUUGUUUAUGAGAUGGAGGCUACUUUUUCCAUUUUGUAUCUAUCAUGGAGGCACUUCACCGUCAUCAACCAAGUAAAGUGAAAGGAAAAAGGGAGUAGUAUCGUCUGGAAAUCAAACUGUGUUUUGUGUAAUAAUUGUGCUUGAAAAGACACAUUCAGCUAAGAGCCCGGAAAUUCUCAUGAUUUUGAAUAACAAUUUUAUCAGUAUAGGAAGAGAUGAAGCUGAAGCCUUCAAGGUAGAGAGUACAAUGAAGAGUGCCCUUUGCGGGAGUGGGGCUGUUAAAUAACCUCACUCCCCAGUCCCCAUUGGCUUAGUAUAAUUAGAAAAUGAUGUUCAUUUCAUUUGAAUUGUAUAAAUGAUUUUUUGGUAAAUUAUACUAUCUCUUUGUGA